AUUUUAUUAUUGAUGUUAUUAUUUAACGAUUAUUGAUGUUAUUUUUAAUAUUUUCAUUCUGUUCCACGAGCUGGAAGAGAAGUGAAGAAAAAGAAUAUUGCUUUUUCUUUAAAGUGGCCAAGAAUGUUUAAAUUCAUCAUUCAACGUUGCGAAGAAAAACAAUCACUUAGUGGUCAUAAGUAUUUUAUUUAUGGAAAAAGCAACAUAUUGUUCGAUGGUGUUAAAAAAUCGUCUGUCAUGAUGACUCAGAUGGUUAUCUUUUGACUUUUUGUGGCUUUCAUGAGUUUUCUGGAGCCAAUUUCUUUGUUCUUGUUGGAUUUGAGCUAGGAAUAGAGGUGCAUUCAAAAGAAAAAGGUCCAAGUUACUUUUACUGUUCAGUUCAGAAGUUCUUAGUUCCUUUAUCGAAGUAGUUUUAGUAAAAUCUUCGUUAUGUGUGUAGCGAACUUAGGAUACAAGAAAAGAAAGGUGACAUUUCGGAGCACCAGAAAUUACGUUUCGAUUCCAUUUUGGUGCAUAGCACCGUGUUCAACAUAAAUAUUUUUUGGUGGCGCUUUGAUUUUGAACGUAUUCGAUAUUGAAGCUUUUUCAUAUUUCCUUUAUAUUUUUUUAUUGUUAUUACAUAAGGAAAUGUUCAUAUGUUUUGUGUAGUGAAUUGAAUGAAGAAUCUUUUCCAAACAAAGAUUGAGACUUGGCGAUCAGUUUUGACCGAGAUGUUCAGAAAAUACGGAGAGAGAAAUUAUUCUGGCUCACUGGUUCAAAUGAAACAAAUCUUCAACUUUUAGGCAAAAGAAUGUUCAGAUAUUUGUAAUAAAUCUUCCAACAUCGAAAGUUCAUCCUUCCGACACAGAGCCGUCUCAACACUCAGUUGUUCAACUAUCACCCGAAAUUCAGCGUUCAGAUUCCAUUACGCCACAAUCUCCAAGAGCAGUUUCCGCUCUACAAGAAUUCAACCGUAUAGAUUCUGUUGAUAGUAAUGUAUCUAAAACAUCACGUCCAAGACGACGCUCAUCAUUAGUCAAUUUUAUCCGUUCAUUUUCAUUUUAUCCACCGAGUCGUCGAGGCAGUCUGACUACUGUUGGAGCUAAAGUCACACAGGCAGCAAUCACAGAAGAGAAAUAUCUUGAACUAUUACGAGAUCCAAUCUCUCCACAAUGUUUAGUAUUUUUUGAAAAUUAUUUCAAAGAAGAUAUCAGGUCGAAGAAAUUUACUGUUGGUGAUUUCUGUCGGCUAUUUCAAAUGACACCUGUGUUAGGUGAACGAUUAUUAAAAAUAUUUGAACAAGAAGAAGCGUUUGUUAAAGAUUCAAUUGAUGGUACUGAUGCACUGAGGAUAGCACGUCUCCUCUGGGUUGGGACAAUGUCAGUGAAAGCUCUCAUCCUAUUCAAAAUGUUUGAUCAAGAUAGAGAUGGAAAAAUUUCACUCAGUGGAAUGAAACAAUUUUAUCAACAAUACCUCAAAGAAUUUAAAUUCCCACAUAAUGAAACAAGAACAAACGAAAUCAUUGAUAUCUUUCUCAACGGAUUCAUUUUUGUCAUUGCCGACGAGGAAAAUGAUGGUGAAAAGCAAAUGGUGGAUUUUGAUCAAUUCUAUUCAAUUUUGAAAUCGAACGAUGAUCUAUUUCAUACAUUGUACCUCAUCAGUAUCCCAGAUCAAACACUGCUGAUCUCCCACUUGAGAGGCAGGGAGAAAAGACGAUGCUGUAUGAAGUAUUGUU